UCGGACCUUGGCGCUACACUACCUCAGCGCACAGUGCAUCCAAUCUGUGCCGGAGGUUCGAGAGGUCAGAUGUGACCCGAUAGACUCCAAAAUCCUCAAAAUUAAGAUAAAACACACAUUGGUGACUUUGGUUAGACGUAGCCAAACAUCAGGGGAGCUGACGUCUGAUGCCGCCCGCGGCGUAACUGUAGCGAGUUAUCAAACCUCAACAAGUAAAGCCUGAAAUGAACUGAUGUUUUACAUAAUCUGGGAGGAACUGGUGUAAGUGCUGCACUCAAGUAGCGCGCAUUCACAUGCACGCCUCUGGACUUCAACUCUUGUGCGCGCUAUCCGGCGAAGAGCGCUAUGCGGCUGCGGACAGCGCGCGACUGGAUCGGCACUGGCGUUUGGGCAGAUUCGUCAAAAGCGAGAUCUGCAAGUUAAAGUUCCAGUGCAGAAGAUGACACUGUAAGCUGUCAGCACAGAGGUUCUUCAUUUUGCAGAGUAAAAACUAUGCUGCCGAAAGAGCAACACAGUGAAGGCAAGGCAGCCAUAAUCCCCAGUUAUGAACAAGAAGUCAAGCCCAUGAAGAAAGAAAAGAAGGAGGUCGUGUAUGUGGACCCACCAGAUGGAGGAUGGGGUUGGAUGGUGGUUCUUCAUUGUUUCCUGGUGAACGUGUUGGUCAUGGGCACGCUGAAGAGCUUCGGGAUCUUCUUUGUGGCUUUGCAGGACGAGUUUGGAGGCUCGUCCGAGAGCAUCAGCUGGAUCGGAUCCAUCAUGUCCAGCCUCAGGCUCUCUGGAGGUCCGUUGGCCUCAGUGGCCUGUGCCAAGUUGGGGAACAGAGUUACCUCUAUAGCGGGGGCAUUUCUCGUCAGCGCCGGCUUUCUCUCCAGCAUAUUUGCCCCCACUGUGAUCUACCUUUACGUUAGCAUGGGGGUGGUCGUAGGUCUUGGGUUUGCUCUUCUGUAUCAGGCCACAUCUGUAGUUACAGUGACCUAUUUCCGAAAGAGAUUGGCAACUGCAUAUUCAAUUGGACGCUCUGGCAUGGGUUUGACCUUUGCCCUCGCUCCUUUCACUCAACUGCUUUUGGAUCAGUAUGCCUGGCAGGGAGCUCUGUUGAUAUUGGGUGGUCUGAUGCUCAACCUGGUGGCCUCUGGGAUGCUUCUGCGUCCCCUUAAUGUAGCACAUCCUGCCUCUCCAACCCCAAACUCCAUCCCGCACAAGGCUCCCGCCGGUCCCUUGAGCGAAUCUGAGAAAGACAUUUCUAGGAACAGCCUCAACGGCAACACACCUGUGUCCUAUGUUUUUUCCAAAACUGAUAGCUCACCCUCUGUUCACAGGGACACGCUUAUCAUUGAGAACCCGGCACAUGAACGGAAUCUGGAAAAUAAAAAACACACCCAGAAUGGGGUAAAUGGAACAGACAACAGCCAAAUUAAAGUUUCCCCUGACUUGAAUGGGGUAUCUCCUGUAGAUGGUUUACUUGAUAAGACCAGAACUGAAACCCCACCUGAAAACCCUCAAAAAGUGUUGGACUUCUCUCUGUUGAAGAACCCUUUCUUUUGCAUCUACACCUGGUCGGUGGUCUUCAGUCAGUUGGCUUAUUUUAUCCCAUACUUCCAUUUGUCUGCUAGAGCACGGAAUCUGGGCAUUGACGCCAUGGAUGCCUCCUUCAUUAUCUCUGUGGCAGGUAUAACAGAGACAGUGGCCCAGCUUGCAUCUGGCUGGGUGACGGAUAAGAAUCUGGUUCACAAAUAUCACUACCACAAGGCCUUUCUAAUCCUGUGUGGUGUGGUUAAUCUUCUCUCACCACUGGCCACCUCCUACAUCCUUCUUAUGGUCUAUGCUGUCUUCUUUGCCAUCUUCUGUGGGGGAUAUAUGGCUCUUCUGCUUCCUGUGCUGGUGGACUUGGUGGGUUCUGAGAAGCUAAACAAUUCCAUGGGGUUCUCAAUGUUUUUUGUGGGACUUGGCUGUCUAACAGGUCCUCCUCUGGCAGGCUUUCUGUAUGACUACACUCAGACAUAUGACUGCUCCUUUUACCUGGCUGGGGUUUGUUAUCUGCUCUCAUCGGUUUCUCUGUUCCUGGAGCCUCUGGCGAGACGCUGGCAGGCCAGAAAGAAUCAACUAAAGAUGUUAAAUGAGGAGCCGAUGUGGAGCAAUGGCUGUUUCUGCCCAGUGCCUCAGAGAAACAGUGUCGUAUAAGAACAGGAAUUAACUUAUGGUCGUCUUGUUUUUCUCCGUGCCGUCCAUGCGGUUCAUCCGUCUGAUCGGAAGAGGACCUGACCUGAACUUUUGUAUGAACCGCAGCAUGGCAAUCAAAUGAAUGUUCAUUUGAAUGCAGAGGUUUAUCCAUGACCAAAGCUAUAUUUAUGCUUGAGGACACUACAACUACAAACGUUUUGUUUGCUCCUGAGUGAACAUGUAUUUUGUUGUUUUGACUUUACCGCCACACAUUUUGAAGAAUCAGCACAAGAAUCCUAGAUGGCACCAUGUAUACAGUUUUCUGUAUUGAAUCAUUGCAUAUGUAUUAUGUUUGGUACUGUCAACAAGACUCUAUAAACUGGGUCACAGUGACAGACGUCCUAGAUGACUUUGUCAUUAAUGCCCCUAUUGCAAAAUGUUUGGGCCACAAUCUCAAUAUUCCAGACACGGUCUUUUUCUGGCUGAUGCCAAAUCACUGUUCAUACUGUUUACUACUGACAACGACCAAGAGUUUUUUUGGAACAACUCCCUGCACUUAGAUUAUGAGUGAAAAACCUUCUGAUGCUAAUGAGCCAAGAAUUGCAAGAAUUAGGUCAGUCGGCUUGUGGGUAAAUGUGUUUGAAAUGCAGACCCAUACAGUGAGCAGUUUUAUAGUUUUGGUAAAAUGAUUUCCGUUUGUCGUAGUAAAUAUCUUCCUGUGCAAGUUAUCACCACUGUUUGCCUUUGUAUGCAGUGACUGUGCUAACAACCCUGUAAUGAAAGCCAAAGAUGACAGAUCUAUGCAUUUAAACAGGUCCUUUUAUAUAGCACAUUAUUUGUUGCCCUCUAGUGGCACAUCUUAUGUACUACUACUGGAAUGCUAUGCCAAGCUUUCAGAUGCCUUUCAGCAAUGUUGUUUUAAAAACUGUGGAUUUUCUUUAGUAUUUACCCACACACGAACACGCACAAUACAGUAAAUAGCAACAAAAUCAAAAGUACAUUCUUAAAAAGAUUUUGAUAGAAACACGCCAUUGUUCUGAGCACUAAUAAUUAUGUGGUUUUAAGGCUUUUUACUAUAUUGCUUUUUGUUUGUGUUUUUAAGAAAUGGUUUAGAAGUGUUUCAAUAAUCUUUUAUAUGUAAAUGGUCAUUUAAAAGCUUAGCCUUAAAACAGGAGACACAAUAACACUUUAAAGUCAGAAGAGACAGAGACUUCACCAGCUAGUUCUGUUAGUUAGAGAUUACGGUUGAUUGAUAUGUUAAGGGUUUAUUAUCUACAUUCUUUUAUUUACUUUGAACGUUUUGAAAUAUUUGGUUGUCAAGAUUUGCAGUACCGCAAUUAAAGCCAACUGUGAACAAAGCCAUUUUCUGUGGCUUUUCAUACAAAUGUUUGUUGAUUCAUGAGGUAUGCUUCUUUAUGUUUUCAAAGAUUUGCAUGAAUCGCUGCAUAUUUAGAUGGGAUUGAACAUUUAAACUUGAAAACAAUGUUUGCAAUGCAAUGCAUUGUUAUAUUAGUAAUUACAAUGUUAUGUUCACAAUACAUUCAUUUAUUCCUUGUGGUGUGUUAGCGUAUCAAAAUUACACAUUGUGGUGUAAAAAUAUUUUAUUGAGAACAUUGCAUGUAGUAUAUACAACAAUUGCAAAUGCUAUUUACAUUUAAGAAUGGUUCCAAAGGUCUCAGUUAAUAAUAAAAUACAUAUUUUACAA